GAGUUUGAUAAAGAAGCUAAAAGCUUUGUGUUUGUCCUGGAAGGCAGCAGCCAAACAAACAAAAUCCAGUUACCAAAGGAGAAUAAGCAAAUCCUGGUUCUUUUGCAAUGAACACACUGAGGUUGGCUCCUCACCAAGAAAUCAGAGAGUUAAGGUUGGACUGAUCCAGAGGUUUCUUGUACUUCAGAUUUACAUACCCUUGGGACAAGACUUCUCCACUGAAUUGCUGUGAAGGCCAAACUCAAAUAUGUAUUCUCCAUGAAUCCUCUCCGAGUUCUCUGGUUGCAGUCAGUCUCUCCAUUCUCAGUGUUCCCAUACUUGUGUAUAUGAUUACUUUGAGGAUAAGGACAACUUAUUCAUCACUGUGGUCACUCACAGCACUUAGAAGAACUCUGUGUGCAUGAUAGAGUUUUUGCAGCUGAUCAGUACUGUGCUGCUUACCAGCUGUGUGAUCUCAGGACUUAAGAUGUCUUCAUCAGCCAGGCUUCACAGGGGACAAUAUGGAAGAUCUUCAGUAGCUAAAAGUAGCAGGCCAGAUAAACCUAUUCUGCUGAUUUCUUAUUUUCCCCAAGAGGGCUGCUUAAAGGAGGGUAAAGACAUGCUAAGCAUUAAAGAACUACUGUAGAAUGUGGCUGAGUAUUCAAAAAGGAACAAAGACAACCAUGAGUGAUACCAGUCCAUUCUGGUGAUGUCAGAGGCAGGGACACUCAGAAAGAAGGGCCUUCCCAGUACUUUUAAUCAAGUGGUUCAAAGAGAACAUGAUCAAGAGAGGCCUUCAGAUCAAUUGUGUUAUUGUUUCUAUCAACAGUGAACAGAGGGAAUAACACGUAACCAUCCUAGGUCGUUGGUUGCAGGAUCACGGCCUUGUGGUGGAAAUGAUGCACCUCUCCUCUGAAUCAAGUCUUACACGAGCACUCCAGGAAGUUAAAGAUGAUGGGUCCCCAUUUUGCAUUCCUCUUGCACCGUAAUUAUGCUUCAUGAGCGUAUCAAAAGCUUUUUCUUGUCCCUAGUACAUUGUCAUAUGCUCCUGGAAGAUGCCCUGUGCUGUGGCUAAAGAAUACAGGAGAUUUUUCUCUGAACGGGAGCAGCAGGAACAUGCUGGAAUUGCACUGCAGGCGCCUUACCAACUACUCUGUCCCUUCAGGCAUUCAGCACCUUCUCUUCCUGUUGACUGAGGGAAAGUGUAUGGUAAUGAGUUGAACCUGCUCAUUGACUACCUGGAAAGGAGGAAAAGGCAACUGGAAGGCUUGGAGACAGCAACUCUUUGGCUAGCAAGUGAUCAUUCCUCAUUUCAAGGCACAAAUACCCCCUGUCAUGGACAAACUGCCUCCACUUCUUCCAACCCCUGGAAAAGGGAUCCUUCUCAGGCCCUCAUCCUCCUGCCCCCCUUCCUACCAAGUCCCCCUCAUUAAGGGACAGGCCAGGUGGCACUCUCUUUCCACCACCAGUUCUUCAGUCGGUGCUGCACAAGCAGACAGCUCAACCCAGGUCUUUGGUGAGCUAAGAAAAGCUCCCUGAGCCAGGAGAACAAGAUGGCUGCUGCCCCAAUGGCAGCCUCACCCUCCUUCAAGGACCAAGGCCCCUGCUGACCUGCAGCACUGAUGUCCAGGCAGUGGAUAUGAAUGUGUUUCCCUUCUGUUCGAUACACAGUCCUGUGGAAACGUUUUUCAUAUUUGGAGUCUCUUUGUGCCAAACUAGAGAUUUGUGGAAGAUGUGUUAAGAUGCUGAGAGGAAAACUAGAAGGCGUGAGCCAAAUUAAGAGGCUGUCGCAGUGAGGCCAGUGAUGAUGGAUUUCCGAAAGCACGAGGAGAGGUGAAGAGGAAGGAGCAGUGGAUUUCAGAAACGGAGACUCUCAGAGAAGAUUUCAGAAAUUACUGAUUUAGGGAACAUUAAAAGAAGAUUGUAUUUAUCAACGGUCCAUAAGGAACUGUCCUCAACUCCUCUCCAUGCAAAAAUCCCACUUUUCAUGAUCAAGCGCAAAAUUUGGUGCAAUCUAUGUAUAGACUUGGUAGCAUUUACCAGUGAAAUAUUCAAGGGAGCAGUUUUCCAGUCAUUGGAUGGAAUUAUUGUCUCUGCUAACUGUAAGCUACGGAAGAUCUUUACUUUAAAAUGCAAGCCUCAAGACACUGCUGAUAAAGACGCUGGAUAUGGGGUUCCCUUUCCAACCAAUGAACCUACAGACAUUAUUCCUCGAAGCUGCCAGCUGACAACAGAUGUUCCACAAGUCACACAGCUGCUAAACAUGACUAAGCUCCGCCAAACCGAAAUAAAAUUUGGAGGUCAUCCCCUGAAUCCAGCAGAAUCAGAUCAGUUCGUUAACAAGGGAACAGGCAGUGCGCGUACCAGUAAAAAUCACGAUGUUUGUCAUAUCGCCUUUGGAUCCAGAGUACUUGGACCACCUCCACUCUCUGGCAGAAGAAAUAACAUGAGGAUAUCCAGUGAGACAAUAAGAUCCAUUGGGUCCAGAAAUAACCGAUCAUGCCAACAGUCUAUGGCAGAGAACUGUGUUAGCAGUGCAGAAAUGUCAGCCUCACUGAUACCUGAGUCGGAGGAGCAAAGAGAUAAAGAAAAUAUUCGCCAAAUAAAGCAGACCGUACCUAUUCAUGCUGAUCUGCAUGUUAUGCACCCACAUCCCCCUCAAGAACCAUCAGCAGAUAAGAAUAAUAACAGGAGAAGAUUACGAUUAAAAAGCACCAACAGAGAAAGGACAGAGGCACACCGAGGCUGUUCUUCAGGAAAUAACAGGAAUGAAGAUAAAGCGACAACCCCCCUCAACAGUGUGUCCCAACAGAAAGCAGAGAUGAACCCAAGCUCUCCAGCACCACAGUCUCCUGAUCAAGCAGAUGAGUGGAUAUUUCCUGAAAAUGAUCACAUUUCCCAUUUGGCGUCCAGCAGACAGUCUCUCCUUCUGGAUGAUGACUCCCGCCACGCUUCACACCUGUGGCUAGAAGCCAGCAAGGAAAGUGAACGUGACCAACUGGCAGAGGAAACCCAGGCUGUUCCAAAGGACAUUUUCACUUUUUCAUCAAGACCGCGAUCAGCACCUCAUGGAAAAACUCAAACUCUGUCCCCAGAGGGGUGCCCAUUUAUUUUGGAUCUAAAAGAGGAUACCAGUGUGACAAGGAGAGACACUGAAUCGGAGGAUGAUUUUUAUGGCGGUGACAGCAGCGAAGAGGGUAACUACAGUAUCCAGGGUUCCUUGGGCCCAACAACUAGCCCUUCAGGGUUAACUCAGUUAACAGUAGAGAGCACGUGGGGGACGGCUACAAGGCGGACAGAUACAGGACCUCUAAAAAGUGUCUACACAGAAGCAAGAGCAUCAGAAAGCCAGAAUUCCUUGGCGAAGCAGAUAGAUAGAAAAGACUUUCAAACGAGUUUGGUGCCUACACCAUGCCGUUCUCCCCCCAGAAGAAGUGAAUCCUCUCAGAAAACUCCAGAUGCUGUUAUCAAAGCAAAGGACCUACCAGCCCAUCAAGUACCAACUUCAAUAAACAAAACGUCCCUAAAGGAAAUCUCGGGAGAAAAGCUGAGACCGAUUCCUGAAGUAGCUAAAAGAAGAGAAGACAGUAACUGUCUCAAAGAGUCCUCCAAGAAAGAAUAUGACUGGAGGAACUAUCAGCCCAGCCAGAUGAGUGAAUCUGAGUUGCAAAUGCUGGCCAGCCUGCGGCGGCAACAGAAUGAAGAACUGGAGGAUAUGGGGGCUUCCCAUGGCCUGAGUGCUUCCCAGGUGGACAACUGUAAUGUCAGCAUUAGCACCAGCAGUGACGACACAACCACCUGGAACUCCUGCCUGCCACCUCCCGUCAACCAGGGUCAUCAUUAUCAGCAAGAAAUGAAUCCACCUUCUCCUUCUAAUCCCCGUGCUCCUCACCACCUGGUAUCUUCUUGCUUGUUUGCCUCUUGUCUACACACACACACACACACACACACACACACACACACACACCUCCAGAAUACACUGGAAUGUAAACUGCUUGGGUCUGGGGACUUUAUCUCUCCUGCUCACUAUAUCCCUGGCUCGUCAAACAGUGCCAAGCACAGAGGAGACGCUCAAGAAAUAUGUAUUGAAUCUCACAAAAAUGAAUUUCCCCAUCUCCCUACACCAGCUGCCUCACCAUGGAUUGAACUACUAGCUGGAACCCAGAAAGAAACACCUACAUACUUUCCUCCCUUGAGGGCCAGUGGGACCUGGCCCUGUUCCUACAUGUAGCAAAUGAAAUCUCAUGAAAUUGUUUUAGAUGAGCCCUUAGAAGAUAGCCACAAUCUAAAGUCUCCAAUAAAGUAUCAUUUUAAACCUUUAAA